UGUGUGUGUGUGUGUGUGUGUGUGUGUGUGUGUGUGACUUUGCGCGCGCGAGAUCGUCUGACAGAUUAUUUCCCAACACGGAAUGGCAGCCCGCUGUAGUCGGCUUGUCAACGGACUGUUCGAAUAUAAAACGGAGAAAUUCUUCAUCGCGAGAAACAAAAAGGUCGGAUUGGUGUUCAGAUUUAUUCAGCUCGCAGUGAUCGGAUACUUAAUCGGGUGGGUCUUCAUAUGGAAGAAAGGCUACCAAGAAAGAGAAGAAGCAAUCCAGAGCUCAGUGUACACAAAGCUUAAAGGUUCUGCCGUGGCUAACACCACAGAGCUUGGAUCACGUGUAUGGGGUGCAGAAGAUUAUGUCAUACCUUCUCAGGGGGAUAAUGUCUUCAUUAUUAUAACAAAUUACCUUGAGACUCCAAACCAAAGGCUGAGCUUGUGCGCUGAGAGUCCAAUUAUCCCUGAUGGCGUCUGUUCUCACAAUCAUGACUGCACAAAGGAUGAACCUGUUAAAGCAGGACAUGGCGUGAAGAUGGGACGCUGUAUAAAUGACACAGGCACGUGUGAAAUUUAUGGCUGGUGUCCAGUUGAACACAGUCAUACACCGAAGGAGCCGGUGCUGGGAAAAGCAGAAAACUUCAGCGUCUAUAUCAGGAACUUUGUUAGGUUUCCGAAAUUCGACUUCUCCAAAUCCAAUGUUCUCCCCUCCAGCAACCACUCAUAUCUGAAAUCAUGCUACUAUGACAAAGUCCACCACCCAUUUUGCCCCAUCUUCCGAGUGGGAGAUAUAGUCCAGUGGACUGGUCACAGCUUUCAAGAAAUGGCUGUCAAGGGUGGAACUAUUGCAAUUGGGAUUGAGUGGAACUGUGAUUUAGAUAAAGACUACUCUAAAUGCACCCCUGAGUACAGCUUCUCUCGUCUGGACAUUACAAAAGGCUCAAACAUCAGUGGAUAUAACUUCAGAUUUGCUCGCUAUUACAAAGAUGAAGAUGGAAAGCCUUAUCGUUCGCUGUUUAAAGUGUAUGGCAUUCGAUUCGAUAUCAUGGUUAAUGGGGAGGCAGGAAAAUUCAGUAUUGUCCCCACAGUAGUGAACAUUGGGUCUGGAGUUGCUUUAAUGGGUGUUGGAGUGUUCUUCUGCGACAUGAUCCUCGUCUAUUUGAUGAAAGGGAGCUCAUUCUAUAGACAGAGGAAGUUUGAGACUAUAACAGAAAAGCCAGGUAGACGGCCCAGAGAGAAGAACCAAAAAGAAAGACGUGACAAACUGGACUUGGAGAACCAGCUGUCCUCACUUACACGAAGUCGGAGAAAGCACAAACACCACAGUCCUAGUAAACACAAACACCACAGUUCUGAACAGAAGCACGUUAAAGACACAACAUCCAGAUCCAACAGAAGUCCUGACAGAAAGGCUGUAGCUUAGACUGUGUCAUCCUUGACCUCAGAAAGUCCAAAUAAAAAAAUCAAAAUUUGCUUUUUGAGAGAAGUACUGUAAACUGACAAAUAAUGUUUUUAAAAACUAUUCCAUGUUGUGCAUAAGCUGAACAAUUCUGCGAAAUUUUGUGUUAACUGUAUCUGAAUAUCAAACUUUAAAUCUGUUAAUCGCUUUAGACAUAAUAUGCCAGAACUAAAAGAGCAUAAAGGUGUUUGAAGGUAGAUGAAUGAGAGAUCCGAGAUCCUCUUCAUGUCCCUCUAGCCAAGAGGAAUCUCCAGGGGAAAAGGAGCAUUUUACAGCUUUUAAGGUCAGAAUUUCAUUAUUUUCAUAAAUUCAUUGUUGCUGUGUUUUCAUGGUGGGUGCUAAACAUUUUUGAGUUGAUAGAUGAUAUCUACAAUAUGAACAGUUUUAUAAAAAGUGGUCCCUGUGUGUGAAAUAGUCACUGGUCAAUGGUUGUUACAUUACCUUUUGAUAUUUAGUAGAGGUGGUCAAAAGAGAAAUAAAAAAAAUAAAAAUUA